CCUGCCCAUCGCUUGAGCGAGUCCCGAAGGGCGCUCUCCCUUCUCUCUCUCGAACGACGUCCAUCUCGCGCCUUCAGCGUCCCAUCAAGCCAUGCAGAACCCCAGCAGCUACUACGCUGUCCCGAAGUGCGACGGCAGUGUUUGGUCAGGCUGGCAGCAAUCCGAGCCAAGCGGGGGCUCUUCACGGGCCAGUAGUUCUUCAGCGAUGACGUUGAGGAAUACACUGUAUCCCAACCCCUUUGAGGACCCCUCGAAUUGCAGUGCGAUCCCCAUUUCCUACACCUUGACGCCACCCACUCCCGAUUCCACGGAUAGCGAUGCAUCCUCCUACUCUCAAUUAUCGAUGGAGUCCAUUCCGGAGUUCGACGACAUGCCGGAAAUCCCGUUCGUUUCGGCUGCGGUAGCGUAUGCCGACGACUGGAUCCCCUCCGAUCGCCCCGCCGAGCCGGCACGCAACGACGACCGCUGCGAAUCGUCCUCAUUCUGGUCCACGCUCAUGCGUCGGACCGCGUCCAAAUCCUCUGAUGCGAGUGCAAGCACAAGCACAAGCUCGGCGAUCCUUGGACAGACCAGCGCGCGGGAUUUGGCGCCGUCGCGCACCCGGAAGCGCUCCGGCUCUGUGACUUCCAUCGCGUCCUCACGCACAAAGCCCGCGCCGGCGAAGUCCAUCCUUUCCUCCGGGGACUCCGUGAAGACGCGCCGGUGUAAAGCGCCUUCCGUGAAGUUCCUUGACAUGCCCACGAUCCAUUACGACGACGACGAAUACCUCUACGACGAUGCGGACGAGCGCAGCGCGGACCCGUGCAUGUCUCCUCCCCCGAAGAAGAAGGCGAAAGGGCUGGGCGGCCUCCUCAGCCUCCGCUGGCUCUUCGGACCGUCGAAGGUCGAGAACCGCGUGACGCCCUCAGCACCCACGGGCCCCGUGCGGCCAGCGAUCUCGGGCCCGUUCCCGCUCUGGGACUCCCCGCCGCGGCGAGCCCGCGGUGCGGGUACUGGCACGAGCGCAGCGAGUCUACGCUCUGUCAAGUCCAGCGCGAGUCUGCGGUCCGUACGCUCGUGCGGCAGCAGGCUGCCCACGUACUGGCCGAGGUAG